UAGACCAGAUGUGUCAUCAUCAUCAUCGCGGCGCAGCUGGCUCCGAGUUAGUGAUAAGCACAAACUAAUGCUAUCGCCACCAGACGCAACACGGUCACCAUAGAUGCCUCUAAUCUCACGUAGCUGCCUGCGGCAACUCGAGGGCGUCCAAUUACCGCUGCCGAAGACGACUCUAUUGGGUUUGGCUAACGCUCAAUGGGAGCAUCAGUGCGAAAAUGGUUGACUCGCCGAAGACAUCACGACAUCUGCUGCAGGUUCUCCUGCUAAUGGCUCUGCUGGGCUUUUGGCUUGGCGAAGUUUCCGCCAAGGAUACUGCCACCGAUGCGGAUGCUAGGUGGAUGGCUCCGCUCAAGCAGUACGGAUACACGGCCAAGCAUCUAAAGAACAAGGUGGAGCACGGCGAGUUCACUACCUUCGAGCUGGGCACCCCCAACUACAAAAUUCUUAAUCCCGAGGACGAGCCGGAGUACAUCACAGCGGAUCAGCCGCACUACCAGGAGAUGCUCAGGCGCCUGACCAGCGGUCAAAGCGGCACGGACACUAUCGAUGUGGACAUGGCGAUGCGCAGGCAAAGCCAUCGAGUAAACCAAGAGCAUGAGAAGCCACAACAAAUACCUCCCAGAAUCAAGACCACAGUGAGCCAUAUGCCAUUAGGACCCAGUCGUUGGGAAAAACUCAACAUGAAGCGGAGUUCCUUCGAAAGCAGACAGAAACGCAAGGAAACCAGGGAACCUGAUGUCGCAGAUAGACUGAGUCUGCUGCCAGACUUUGAGGUCUACUCCGGGGCCAGACCCUUCCAGAGCAGAGUUGCGAAUCUGAAUUGACCCUCA